CCUUUUUUUUUUUUUUUUGCCUCCGUCUUUCAUUAAGAUCUAUAUAAUUCCUUCGUAUUACACAAUCCUUUCCUCUUCCGUUCAGAUUAUUAUAUUAACCUUUUCGCUCUCACAAUUUCUUCUUCUUCUUCACACCCCUCAACGAUUUCGCCACAGGUUUUGAGUUUGGAUUAAGCAAAGUAUUGGUUGGAAUAUGAGCACUCGGACAAGCAGGGUGCCUGUUGGUAUCAGAACUAACCGGCGGAGGAAGGCAGCUAUUGAUCUUGACCUUAACCGAGUACCGGCUGCUGAACAUUCAACUGCUCGGAAUCCGAUUGCUGAGAAUCCAUCUGGUGAGAAUCGUGAGCAGGAGAGGCGUUUGACUCAGUUGGGGCCUCAAGAAGUUGAAGUUCAAGCUAACCAGCAACAGGAAGUAGAAGUUCAAGCUAAUCAGCUACAGCUAGUUGCGCAACCUGAACCUACUUUGAUUGAUGUGGAAGCCAUUGAUGACGACGAUGUUGUUUUAUCUUCCCCGAGGGCUUUUGCUGAGGCCAAAAACAAUUCUCGAAGAAAUCGUGGAAGGACUGUAGUUGAUGUCGAUUUAGUCAUGUUUUUUGCAGAAGAGCAGAUUAGGUUAAGCAACAAUAAUCGCAACAAACGCAGACGAGAAUCUCCAAAACGAUCAAUUUUCAACUGUGAUCUUUAUAUAAAUUUGGACGCCAGCAGCAGCAAUACGAUGGAAAGUGUCAAAAAGCCACCUGAGCCUCCAAAGGAACCUGUCUUCACCUGUCCUAUAUGCAUGGGCCCUAUGGUUGAAGAAAUGUCAACAAGGUGUGGUCAUAUUUUUUGCAAGUCGUGUAUCAAGGCUGCUAUAAGUGCUCAGGCAAAAUGUCCCACCUGUAGAAAAAAGAUUACUGUGAAAGAGCUUAUAAGGGUGUUUCUGCCAACAACUGCUUGAGGGUUUCAAUGCAAGCUGAGCUGGUUAUGGGGAUUGGAAGAAAGUUGUAGUUUCAGAGAUUACUGGGUGGUUUUGUUGUUUUAAGUAGCUAUUUAUCUUUGUUUAAUUUAUCAUUUAUCAUUCACAUAUAUGAAGAUCUUUGGUGGAUACAAUUCCUUGCUCAGUUUUUUUUUUUUGAGCUUUCAUGUUCUGAAAUCUGAACCUUUCGUCUAUCUUUUUUUUGGUGGAUGAUACACUGCUAGAAAAGCCAGUUGUGAUCUAAUAUCGAUUCCAGGGAUUUAUGUAUGUAUAUUAAAUCCUUGAGUUUAUUGGUAGAAUUCCUUUGAUUCCCCGUUAAUGCAACAUUUUGCCAGUAUGAA